AAGUAAAGGUCUAUGUUUACUUGCGCGCGCGAGUGUUGAUGGCAGCCUCCAGACAGUGACAGCAUGCAGAACAUAAACAGCGCGCUCUGUGAAAUAGCCACAGAAAAACUUACAAACACCCAUCUUACAACUUUGCAAACUGUGACGAAAGCUUUACGGGAUGAGGAGUUCAGGAAUAGUGUUGACAGGGAGGCUCUUGGAAACCUCUAUGCAGUGCUGUCAAGACUUUCUGUGGAUGUUCAUCAUUUGACUGAGGAGAUGGAUUCACAGGAAGAAGAAGGAUCUCUGUGCCAUAAAUUCACUGCAGAGUGUUUCAGAGCACACAGAAAUGCCUGUGUGCAAUGCACUGAAAACCAGUGCUGUCUGAGAGAUCUAGGCUCCAUCAAGCUAUCUUUUGAGAUUUUGGCCAAACUCCUCAAGAUUUCGUCAGGAGGUUCGAAUGAUAUUUAUGAUGCAAUUCGAUGUGGUAUUCAGUUUCUUGGUAACAUUGCUGUUGGAAACCAGCUCUGCAAAGAUGACAUCUGGGAGCUUGGUUUCCCGCACAUCUUUUGGGACCUUUUGGAGCUCCCAGAUGAGAAAGCUGUGUCAUACACGUGUAUGGUGAUCCACACUUGUCUGGAUGAACACAAGACAGAGCAGCUAGUUAAAGACACACCACAUUUUAAAUUGUCCCUGAAGAUUAUGGACUUGUGCAGGACGUUGCCUGAUGUGGACUGGACGGUCUUUAUUGCUACACAACGUUUCCUCAAGUCGUCAGAGCUUAUUAAGAUGAUGUACACUGAAAUGACCAAUGAAGCAAGGCUCACACUAUUGGAGCUGAUAUUAGCACAGCUUAGUGUUGUUGAGGAGGAGAAGGACUGUUUACUGCCUCUGAGUGUAGCUGAGUUCCUGGCUUCCUGCUUCACUCAUCACUGCAGAGCUGUUCUCACUCUGAGCUCUGAAUCAUCAGAUGACCAGGCGGCUAUGGUCGUCAUCAGGCUUUCAGACAUCCUUUGCGAGAUCACCUCUGACUGCAAAGAGUUUAUGGCCCUGCAGGAUCACUCUGGCCUUCUGAGCACAACAGUCGAUCUCUUGAAAGAUGUCCACUUACUGGGCAAAACCAGUAAAAAUGUGUUCACUGCAGCACAUGAUUUCUCCUUGACGAGGCCAGGGGGCGCCGACACCCACCCUGCCAUCAGUUUCAAAGCUCAUCUCAUUCGACUCAUUGGUAACCUGUGCUAUGGCCACAUUGUCAACCAGGACAAGGUAAGAGAACUGGACGGUAUAGCUCUCAUUCUGGACAACUGCAGCCUUGACAGCAACAACCCCUUCAUAAGCCAGUGGGCCGUGUUUGCCAUUCGGAACAUCCUGGAACACAACCUAGAGAAUCAGAAGCUCAUACAAAGCCUUCGGAGACAAGGUGUGGCAGAUGACACAAUGCUCAAGGACAUGGGCCUCAGAGUGGAAGAAAGGGAUGGCAAUCUACUCCUCCGGCCCCUAAAGAAGGACCCCUAGUUGAUUAAGUGGAGCUGGGAGAAUGCUAUCCCGGGACGCCCAUCCCCACUCCCCUUAACUAUGCUAUAUUACACUCUGGAGAUGGCUUAAAACGCCCACACUUGGGUCAUUAAAUAUCCAAUCAGUAGUUGGGAGCAUAAGGGGGUGGUCUGGGCUUUGUGUUCUCCACACAAGAGGAAAUCAAUCAGAGGAGCUUAUCUGAGAGAACUCAUGCUGAUGUCUGUGAUGCUUUUAGUGGUCUUUGAUUCCAACCCCCCCAAAGUGGGAUUCAAAUCCUAUGAACAAGGAGAACCGUGUCUUCCUGGCUUUUCAGCCACUAAAGAGACUCUGGUGACCAACAGGGAGUAGAGGUUAAUCCCUAAUUCACUGAAUUUUAUAGAGACCAGGCCGCCUCUUGAUCUGUACACAUAAAGUUCGCCUCUGAAUAGCCGUGAGACUCGGAUCCUUCUUUUUGAAAGCUCUCAAGUUUUUGUGCUUAAAUCGGGUUUGUUUACAAAGCCAUCCUAUUUUACCAAUUCCACUUUUGUCCGAACAAGCUUCACGUGUAGUUUGGAUGGACAUUACGAUAUGGUAGGAUUGUCUAUUUAACACUUUAAUUUAGUGCAAUUAUUGUAGUAAAAUAAAAAUGACGCAAUUA